AUGGCAAGCCUCGAAAAGGCAGCGAUGGCCUUGAGCCGUCGUGCCGACGCCUCGCCCCAACCCAACAUGGACCCCUCGAUGGCGACCGACUCGACCCUGGCUACACGCAAGCACGUCGCUAUCGACCUCGAGCAGCCCGCGCCCCUCCCCAGCGACCUCCACUCCACAGACUCGACCACGCAAGCCAGCAGCUCCCAUACACCGCUGACACCCACUCGCACCCAGCGCAUCCGCACCGAACUGCGCCGCAUCACCCUCCACUUCACCCCAUCCUGGUUCAGCGUCAACAUGGGCACGGGCAUCACCUCGAUCCUCCUCCAUCAGCUGCCCUACCAAUUCCCUGGGCUGGGCAUCAUCUCGAACGUCCUCUUCGGACUCAAUGUGUUGCUCUUCUUCCUGUUUUUGGGGAUCAGUGUGGCACGAUACGUCAUUUGGCCGCAGCUCUUCUGGAUCAUGCUUUUCCACCCUACGCAGAGUUUGUUUCUGGGCACGUUUGCGAUGGGCCAAGCGACACUCAUUACCAUGUGUGCGAUCAGCGCGGCGCCUGCGUGGGGGUUGGGAUUUGCCUACUUUACAUGGGGAUUGUGGUGGGCCAACGCGCUGCAGUCGUUGGUCAUAUGCGUAGGGUUGCCGUUCAUCCAGUUUACACGGCACGUGCAGUCGCUGGACAAGAUCACCGCCGUGUGGUUCUUGCCUGUGGUGACGACGAUUGUGUGCUCGGCGACGGGCGGGUUGGUCGCCGACCUCCUGCCUGCGCCACAUGCAAAGUUGACUCUGAUCGUCUGCUGGGUGCUGUGGGGAACUGGGUUUGGGAUGGCUUUCCUGCUCAUGUCGCUCUACUACGCCAGGCAGGCGAUCUACAAGAUCCCGCCAGCACAGUUGAUUGUCUCCACCUUCCUUCCGCUAGGACCUUGCGGCCAGGGCGCAUUCUCGUUGCUACAACUCGCUUCGGUGCUGUACAAGCUCGCUCUCACCGAAUCCACCGCCUUGCCAAGCCCCAACGCAACCGACGCCGAAACAGCACGCAUGAUGGCCACCGCCAUCUACGCCGUCUCGGUGCCCGUCGCGCUCGUCCUCUGGGGUCUCGGGCUUGUAUGGCUCCUCCUCGCCGUGUCCUCCCUCGUCGACCUAUGGCUGGUCUCCAAGCUGACCUUCAACCUCGGCUGGUGGGGCUUCACCUUCCCCCUCGGCGUCUUCGCCACUGCAGCCAUCAAGUUCGGUAGCGUCCUCGACUCUGGCGCUUUCCGCAUCAUCGGAACGGUCCUCGCACUGAUCGAGGUGGUCCUCUGGGCAUUCAUCUCGACCAUGACGCUGAAAAAAGCCGUCAAGGGAGCGAUCUUUUUCAGUCCGUGUCUCGCCGAGAUGUGCGACGAACAGGGCGAACCGCCGAAAUACGUGGCGCCCGCGAGGAAGUAUGGGUUCGAACCAAGGCCGAUUCCCGUGGGAAGCUUUGGUGAGGAGGAGGGGGGUGAGGAGGGGAGUCGCAGCAGGAGCAGGGGCAGGUUUGUCGGGUUGGGAAGGAGUGCGAGGGGCAGGUCGUGGUCGAGAGCUAGGAGCUGGCUGGGGAAGGGGAAUCGGAGCAACUCGCCGUUGGGAAGUGUGCCUAGAGGCAGAUCGCAGCAACGGUUGUAG